AUGACUGCAGUUGACAUUGGUCCACCUGCUGAGAAGAUCCUUCCCUUUCAGGUGUCACUCUCAGUACGUAGCGUCUUUAUCGGAUGUUUGGCCGUUUCCGAUAUGUUAAUGUCACUCACUUCACUUCCGUGGACGGCGGUUACUAUAUUCACCAGAGAAUGGAUAUUUCCAGCGCCGAUAUGUAAAUUGAUUGGAGUAUUCCAGGGAGGCAGCAUUUUCGUGUCGAGUUUCACGCUUACAGUGAUCGCACUGGAUCGAUGCCUGCUGAUUCUGAAGCCGAACAAGGAGAUGAUCGGCUACAAUCGAGCAGUGGCGAUCGUUAUUGCGAUCUGGGUCUGCGGUUACGCCCUUGCCUUACCUGUCGGCAUAUUCUCAAGAGCUGUCAGUUACGACGAACUUUGUGGUGUCUUCUGUGAAGAAAUAUGGUAUGCUUCAGAAAUAUUUAUCGCUCUUUUUGCUCACUUCGCAUAUGUGCUACAAAAAUAA